UCAGGCUAGCUGUAGGAAAUACACAAUACUACUCUUAGUUGUUCCGAGCAAAAAAACAGUCUCUAUUUUGUUGUGCAAUGUACAAAUGGUAAAAUUCGAACUGCGUGAAAACUUUAGCUAUGAAUAAUAUUGAACUUGAUGUCUGGAGGGGAGAGUGGGGUCUUGCUUCGAUAGACUUAGAGUGCCUUAAAGUUUUGACGUACAUGAAAUUUAUUGGUGUCCCGGUUCGUGUUCGUGAAGUCACUAAUCCUUUUUUCACGCCCAAAGGAAAAUUACCUGUGAUGCGUGAUGGUCGAAAUGUACUUACAAGUUUUGAAGAAGUUGUAGAUUAUUUAAAAUCAUUGCAUUACAGCACUGAUGUACACCUAAAUGUAAAGCAGGCUGCAGAAGCAAGUGCAUUCACACAGUAUCUUAGGGACAAGCUAUACCCAGCAUACCAGUUUGCAUGGUGGGUAGAUGAGAAAAACUAUAAUGAAGUCACUCGCCCUACAUAUGCGAAAGCUUUACAAAUACCAUUUAAUUUCUACUAUCCAUCUAAAUAUCAGAACAUUGCCAAGGAAAUGAUUGAUGCUUUGUAUGGAGAACAUACAGAUUUGAAGGAAGUAGAAAAGACAAUUUACAGUGAAGCAGAAAAGUGCCUUAAAACUCUAUCAGACAGAUUGGGUGAGAGUGAAUAUUUCUUUAGUAACCGUCCAUCAUCCUUUGAUGCCAUAGUGUUUGCAUAUUUAGUUCCACUUGUGAAGGCGCCAUUCCCAAACACCACAUUGGCCAAUCAUGUAAAGGGUAUAGCCAAUCUAAGCAGAUUUGUUGCAAGGAUAAAUCAAAAAAACUUCAGGCAUGUAACAGAUGAAUAUAAUAGACAAAAUGCGAAAAAGCAAUCAACUGGCACUCAGUCAGACAGAGAAAGAGCCAACUUCCCAAACCAGACUCGGAAUAAAAUACUAGCAGCUGUAUUUGCAGUGAUUGCCAUGACGGGUUAUGCCGUUGCAAAUGGAAUGUUCCAGGAUUUCAAAAGCUUCGAACAUUCGCAAGACUUCGACAAUAUGUUUGAGAAUGAAGAAGACGACAACUGACAUAUCCUCGCUAGCUAUCUCGCUCACGCCGGCGCAUAUCUCGGACAUCGGCAGUGUUGCCCGCAAAUGUUUCCUUUGGCACAACGUUCUAUGUCCCGUGUAUGCAUUUUAUAUUUUAAAUUGCGGUAUUGACAGCAAUAUUUUAAAUUGACAGUUGCCUUUUAAUGGUCCUAUUGAUGUUGCUAAUAUAAAUUUUAGUAUUUUUGCAUUAAAAUAUCCAUUGGCUUAAACUGCAUUAAAAAGUCAAAUAUUUUUAUUCAUGUAUGUUUUUAAAAACACUUUACGCACACUAACAACAUCAGUUCGUAACUCUGUAUUGUGCCCGUCAAUAAGUAAUUAACUAUUGUUAAAAUAUUUAAAUUCCCACAUUUCUCUCAAAAUUAAAGGAAUCUAAAUUUGUACUGGAACAAAAGAAGAUGUACUUGUUGUCUUUAUUUAUUUGUAAAACUCAUCAAUGAUUUGUGUCUUCAGUCAUCUUUCAUAUCUUAUUAUUAAAUAUUUCCUGGGACAUUCGUAAGUGUGGUUAUAUAUGAUUUAUCUCCAUAAUUGAUUUAUUAAUUGCCUAUAAUAGUGUAGUAUAUUAUUACAUGUAGGUAUAUCUAUAUUUUAUAUAUAGUUAUUUUAUAGUUCCUAUUGAUUGAAACCAAAUUUAUGCUCAAAGCUAUUUUAUAUAGGCAUGUAGUAUCUAGUAAGAGAAAGUAAUUGAAAUGAAUUUUAAGUAUUUGAUUUAUAACAUAAUAAUAUCUCAAAAUUAUUGCCUUGUUAGGUUUUAACACAUUCUUAACCAUGUAUUCAUAAACAAGGGAGGGUGCUAUACCGAUAAAAAGUUUUAUUUUUAUUAUUUAUAGUAACAUAUGAUAGGACCAAAGCCUUUUAUUGAUUGUCGUUCCAUUUUGAAAGCUAUAACAUAAUUUGAUAUUCCAUACAAUAUUGUAUUAUUCUCGGAUGACUUAUUAUAAACAGAAGACUGUAUAUGUUAUUGGUAAUGCUAUUAGUACGUUAAGUUGGUGUUUGUAUGAUUGUAUUUUGAGUUAAUUUUGGUUGAUGUUAUUUACGAGCACAGAUGCAGAUUGUUAAAGCGCUGUGUGGAUGAGGUUAAUCAGAGUAAUGAAUGCAGUAUAUAUUAUUAUUAUUCCAAUGACUAGAAUACAGUUCUUGAAUCGACGAUAAAUAUAUUUUAUUAAGCAUCAGUACAGCGCUUUAACCACUUUUUUUUAAUUUAUACUGUAUUUGUGGUAACAGAUGCGCGAAGUGUUGCCUGGUAUUGUGUUUUAGUGAUUGUGAGAAAUAUGUACAUUGUUAUGAGUAAAUUUCUAAGUCACCAGCUACAAACACCAAAAAGCGCGCCUCACUUCUCGUUUCCACACCGGAGUCCUAAUUCCACAAGCCUGAAGGCGUCUCAAGACGUAAUCCACAAUUAAGUUUAUUGGUAUAUAUAUAUUUGCUAGUGUUGUUGCCUUUCAACCGGGACCCCCCCAUGGUCCACUGUAUUUUUCCAUUUCGUAUGUAAGGGUUGUGGGUAAAAUUGACCCCCAGCUGACACUGGCCUUAUAAGGAUUUGAACUCAGGGUUUUACACGCAAAAUGGCGCACGGUAGUCGAGACGAGUUGCGGAGCAACCUUUUUACAUUUCAGUUGAUUACGUGUUGAGACGCGUUCUGAAAUACGGACUUUAUAUUUUUGACUUGACCUUGAUUUGGUUGUAGAAUAGCGGGUAGUGUGAAGUAGUUUGUUUUGUUUCGGUUAGCGGAUUGAUCGAUGUUUGUUUAACUUAUUAGAAAGCAUGAAUAAAAGUUUAUUUUAUGUUGAA